AUGCAUUUCCAACCUGUCGAGCAAAUGACUGACGAACCAUAUACCGCUCGUCCUCAGAACGAGUCUCAAGCUGUUCAUCACGAAAAUGAUGUGCUAGAUGAUGUUUGGGGAUCAGAGCCUUCGUCGCCUACUGAGCAUCGUCACAAGGAUGAGUCAGGCACAACUCAUUCCUCUGAUAUCCGUCGCCUGCAGACAGAGCAUACAACAGCAGGGUAUCGCGAGGGCAUUACUGUGUCAAAGGAAAGCAGUAUUCAAGCCGGGUUCGAUGAAGGAUUCAGUCUCGGCGCAAGCGUGGGCCUUAGAGCAGGCCAACUUCUGGGUCUUCUGGAAGGUAUCACCGAAGCCGUCCACAGCCUACAAGAUGCAGAUGCCACCAAAGUAAUCGAACUCACAAAACAAGCACGCGAAGAACUCAGCACACAGGGUAUCUUCAAGCCCGAGUACUGGGCUGAAGAUGGCAACUGGAAGUACGAAGUCAAGCCUGCUGCUGGAGCAGAAGAAGUCGUCUUUGCGGACGUGGCAGAUGCGCAUCCACUUGUAAAGAAGUGGACAGGGGUUAUUGAAGAACAGGUUAAGCUGUGGAAGAUUGAUAGGCGGCUUUUGGAUGAUGAGACGGGAGUGAGGUUGGAGAGUGUUAUGGAUGAUACGCUUGGGUCGGGAGCCGCGCCGGCGGUCAAGAAACCGCUGGAUUGGUGA